CUUUUGUCAGUACGAGAUACACAAGUAGAAUUUUCGGGUUUGUUACACCUUAAAACAAAAAAAAAAAAGAGAGAGAGAGAGAGAGAAUUUUUCGGGUUUUUACUUCUGUAAUAAUGUGUGAGAAGUUCUCUGCACGAAAAAGGUUGUGAUCAUUGAGUUGUCCAGUUGGAUGGGAACAAACAUCGUUUCUAUUUAGCGAUUCAUCCCAAAAUUAAUCGCACCGGAGAUGGGUUUGAAAAGUAGGAAACCGGCGAUCGGAAUCGACCUGGGGACGACGUAUUCCUGCGUGGGUAUCUGGAAGAAUCACCGGCGUGGAAAUAAUAGCGAAUAACCAAGGCAACAGAACGACCCCUUCUGCUGUUGCUUUUACUGAGCAGAGAAGGUUGAGGCUCUUGUUGGUGAAGCUGCACUCACUCAGGCUGCCCUGAAUCCCCCCCCUCAACACCAUCUUCGAUGCUAAGAGAUUGAUCGGGAGGAAAUUCGGCGAUGAGUCGUUGAGGACUGAUAUGAAAUUGUUGCCAUUCAAAAUCAUCUGUGGAACAGAGGACAAGCCUGUUGUUGUGGUUACUCUUAAUGGCCAAGAGAAACAAUUUUCUGCUGAAGACAUCUCUUCAAUGGUUCUUGUAAAAAUGAAGAAAGUUGCUGAAUCGUUCAUUGGAUCAGAUGUGGAGGAUGCGGUUAUCACAGUGCCUGCAUAUUUCAAUGAUUCUCAGCGUCAGGCUACCAAGGAUGCCGGAUCGAUUGCUGGGCUCAAUGUUCUUCGCAUCAUCAGUGAACCAACAGCUGCUGCAACUGCCUACGGUCUCAACAGUGAGUCCACUAGUACAGGCAAGAAGAAUGUGUUUGUGUUUGAUCUCGGCGGUGGUACUCUCGAUGUCUUUAUUGUUGCCAGUAAAGAGGACAAAUUCGAAGUCAUGGCCACUGCCGGUGAUGCUCGCCUUGGUGGGGUCGACUUUGACAGUCGUAUGGUUAAUUAUUAUGUGGGAGAGUUUCGGAGGAAACAUGAUAAGGAUAUCAGCUCCAAUCCUAGAGCUAUGAGAAGAUUGAAAACAGCUUGUGCGAGGGCCAAGAGGGUCCUGUCCUUCUCUGUUGAGACAAGAAUAGAGAUUGAUGCCUUAUUUGAAGGCAUUGAUUUCUCAACCACUAUUACUAGGCCAAAAUUUGAGGAGCUAAACAUGGAUUUGCUCGCAAAAUGCAUGGAAACGGUGGAGAAGUGUUCAUCGGAUGCUCAGAUAAAUAAGAAUUCUGUGGAUGAUGUCGUUCUAGCGGGUGGUUCAAGUAGGAUUCCAAAAGUUCAGCAAAUGUUGCAAGAAUUUUUCAACAAGGAGGAGCUGUGCAAAAGCAUUAACCCGGAUGAAGCAGUUGGCUACGGUGCAGCUGUUCAAGCAUCAAUCUUAAGCGGCUGGAGCAAUGAUGACCUUAAGGAUGUUCAGUCGGUGGAAGAAGUUGCACCAUUAUCUUUAGGUGUCGAAACUAUUUUGAGAAGUCAUGACGUUCGUCAUUCCUAGGAACGCCAGAAUUCCAACUAAAAUGAAGACAGUACUGAAAACCGUAUUAGACAACCAGGCGGGAAUGCGUAUUCGAGUAUUCGAGGGAGAGAGACCAAAAACAAGACAACCUUUGGCUAGGUGAAAUGCUGCUCUUCAUACAACCAGCCCCUAAAGGAGUUGCAUUGGUCGACGUCUCCUUUGAUCUCAACGCGGAUGGGAUUCUCAAUGUCACUGCUCAGGAGAGAAGUACGGGUUGGAAAAAGAGCAUCAGUUUGAUGAGUGGGAGGCGGGGAUCCAGACGGGAGAUUAAGUGGAGGAUCAAAAGGGAUCAGAAGGCCGAGGAUGAUGAGUACAAAAAGAAGACUGCUUCGUGGAAUGCACUUGAGGAAUAUGCUUACAAAAUGAUGGCUGGCACAUCAACUAAGAAGUCUUCAGCCAACAAGAAAAAGAUGGAGGAUGCUAUUGAAGACGUUUUUCAGUGAUUGAAUGCUAACAAGCUUCCUAAGGUUAAGGAAAUUUAGAAGAAGAAAAAGGAGUUAGCACGCAUCUGCGAACCAAGUGCUCUCACCAAGUUGAAGCCAAAAUUCAAGAAAAACUAGCUACAGCCUAUAUGCGUAGACUUCCAGUAACAUCAAGCGGUUAUUUAAUUAAGAACUUCAGGCAUUAGUACUUUAAUAAUAGUGUUAUCUAUGCAAUUAUUAACGUAGCUUGAAGAAGAGCAUUUUAAUAGGUAUGGUGCUGAUUGAAGAGG